AUGGAAGAGGAAAAUACUCAAAUUCUAGAGAUCAACUUGAUCUCUGCUCAAUCCCUCAAAACCCCAAUCACUGACUUCCGUCGAAUGCAAACUUACGCCCUACUCUGGGUUGACUCAUCCAAUAAACUCCGUACCAAGAUCGAUCAUUUCGGCGGCGAAAACCCUACCUGGAACGACAAAUUCCACUUCUGUGUUUCGCCGAAAUUCUUUUCCGGCGAUACCUUUGGUGUCUCCGUUGAAAUCUACGUUGUUGGCGUCCUCAAGGAUUUCCUCGUCGGUACUGUGCGUCUCCUGUUAAGUAGUUAUUUCAAAGGAAUGGUGAAUAGGGAAGAGAAUUUUGGAGAAGAAAGGACUAGAUCUCAGAGCAGAAGGCAGGCUGCCCCUCAGCCUGAAGUUGUAAACACGGGUCAACCCCAAGCUACUAUGCCAGAACAAGUGCAAGAACAAGUUGUUGAUGAUACUCCACCACCAGUGCCAGAUGUUGUGCCUACUGUUACCCUACCUGCAGACGCAGUAGUAAGGUUGUUGAAUGUGUUAGAGGCAUUAGUGCCUACUCAGGGUGGACAUCCAGCUCCCCAAGCUACUUUGCAGGCGCAAAAACAAGUUCAAAUAAAUGUUGCAGCUCCUUAUAUGCCCUCAGCAGGUCGUUCAGCCAGUGGAAUUCAGUUCAGAGAGGUAGACGAGCAGGGUUGCCACCUAUUACUUGGUCAGAGUUUUCAGCUAUGUUUAUGGAUAGGUUCAUUCCACUAA